UGUUUGACAGCACUGGCAAAAUGGAGAGUGGAAUAAUGAAGGGAGGACGCACUUUCUUAGGUUUGUAUUCAGAGUGCAUAGAAGCACUUCCGCAAGCCACCGCACUUUCACCUUCAGAAGACCAUACUCAACACCUCCCCGCUUUCAUGAGCACUUACUGCUUAACCACCAUGCGUCUUCACUCAGAGCAAAAAGCCGAAAAACAGGGCAUAGUAAGUUCUAUCUGCAAGAAGCUGUCUGGUUCAGGUAUCACUACUGGCGUCUGUGUACCUUCCACUUGCACUGAAGAAGAUGUUAGUGCCAUUGCUACCUUUGCUAUGUGUGGAUUUGGCUGCAAUGGAAGCGCAACAUCAACGAGAUGCCGAAGAGAAAGCAUGACGCUCAUGGCUGACAGUCCGGCCCUAGUGACUACCAUAUGUAUUGUGUUGCUGACGCUGGUUGUUAUAGCUGCCACCAUCAUAGACUACAAUGGAAGGCGGCACGUGAAAAAAGAAGCCAUGAAGUCAUCCGCAACUGAAAAGCACUCAGUGAGUGCACCCACAGGAAAAACGAAUCAAGAAGGAUCAUUUGGUCCAAAAACCCGCAAGGCACUUCUUUGCUUCUCUCUACUUGAAAAUGGCGCCAGACUGUUUGGAAGCGAGAUCUCGAUGGCGGGAUCAUUGACCGUCUUGAAUGGACUGAGGUUCUUCAGCAUUGCAUGGAUUGUUUGUAUACACAAUCGAUAUAUUUCUCGUGACAUCGCAGUUUUCCGCAACUCACACGAACUGUACAAAAAUCACCUGACGACGACAAUUAUUGAUCGAGGAACUUUGGCAGUGGAUACGUUUUUGUUCGUUGGUGGUCUCCUCGUGGGAUAUGCAAAUCUGACGUACCUCAGAAAAAAUAAUGGCCAGAAAAACUGGCUUAUUUACUAUUUCCACCGCUACUUGAGGACUGCGCCUCUUAUGAUGGUAACAGUUGCAGUUUCCGCUUUCUUGAUGCACUACAUGGGUGAUGGACCACUCUGGAUGGAUAUUAUAACUACUUACGAGAGCACUUGCCGAGACAAUUGGUGGAUGAAUCUUAUAAACAUUCAGAAUUUUAUCAAUACAAAGAAAGCCUGCUUACCACAUACAUGGUACUCUGCAGUUGACUUUCAACUUUACUUCAUCGCUCCAAUAUUUAUUUAUCUUCUGUACAGAUGGCCUCGUGUAGGAAAGAUGGUGUGCGGAGUGCUUGUUGUGGCUUCCGCUAGUUUCACCACAGUGUAUACUGCAGUGCACGGAUUGGGGAGUGUUCCUGGUGUUUAUGACUACAUGGAAGAUGUUUACAUCAAGCCCUAUUUUCGCAUCUCGACGUAUCUUGCUGGCAUCCUAUUGGGCAACUACAUUGUGGCCAACAAAGAGAGCAUCUCGACUACAAAAGAGGGGACCUUGUCCAGCUCUGACCCAGUGCAGCAACAGGCCCUGCUUGACCGAACCCGUACGGCGGCAAGAACCAAUGGACUUCCGGACAAAGAGGCCCGAUCACUAUAG